GCUCGUCGAGCUGAAUCGAUUGGUAUAUAAUACUAUAGGUCUCUGGAACUCUUAACAAAAGUUUGUUUUCGGAGUGAAAUGAUAGCCUUUCGGUACAACUUUGUUGUACGAGAAAGGCAAAAAAUCGCGAGCUGCCGACCGAUUUGAAAAAUCAUAAAAAUCAUUGUUUUACUUGAUAUUUGAAGCUUAUUUUCAUCAUAUACUAAAUGGAAGACCAGUCAGAACCUGUUCCGGAAGUGAAAAGUUCCACUCAAUCCGAUUCAUUGGCAGCCCGCCGUGAAGCUCGACGAAAACGUAUCCUCGAAAAUUCCAAUAACAGGCUGACGAAAAUCACGGGCCGAGAGCACAAUGAUCCGCCGGCAGAGGAUUUUACUAUUAAACCUCCGGACGUUAUCUACCCGGAUCCGGAAGUCGAACGCGACGAGUACACCUACCAGGAGCCACCCCGUUUCGGCUCAAAUCUUCCCGAAGGAUUGCCCAACCUGGCGAACGGUGACAUAUUUUCCCUCCUCAAUCAGCCGCUUGGUUCGGAUCAGAGCGAUUCAUUUCCAGCAGCACAGGAACCAAUUCCCGAUACACUGUUAGUAAAAUUCCUGCGUAGCCGCAUGCACCUGGCCUUGAUGGCCAUUGUGGUAUACUUAUUAUUUGCGAAUGAUCUUCAGUACCUAAUCGGCGGCAAUGUGUUUAUCGUGCUGCUCGGUUGGGAGAUGGUCGAAGUGUUCUUGCUGAAAACCUACGAAACGCGAUUGCCCUUCAUGGAAUUGGUGUUUCUGUUGGGAGGAAUUUCCCAAAAAUAUUCGCAGAUUGUACUGAAAAUUGUGCAAACCAUCAACAAGGUCCUAAAGGAUGUGACCUUUUUUGUGUUUUUCUUCGUGGUUUCGCAUCUACUGUGGAGUCGAUUUGUGCUGGGGAUCGAGCUAAGCUAUGUCUUGGGGUACGACCAGCUGGAGGACCAGUCUGGCGGUGGUGAAGUUGCUUCCUAGGUUUGGAAUGGCAGACAGCCGUCAGCUUCGGGAACUGUUUCCAAUCCGGUAGGAUGAGGCCCGCCAGAAACUGCCGGUAUGCUGUAAAAUGCAAGGAAUGGAAAAAAAAGUCAAACUCACUUGGAACACCAACCUGAUGAGACACCCAGACUAUACGUUUGUAACAUGUUAUUCGGCUAUCUUGAUGACAUCUCAUUUGUUGGUAAUUUGAAUAGCAUGCCGUAUAGUCUGGACAGCAUAUAAGUUAACUCAAUCAAAAUAUUAGCUAGCACACAAAUAACCUGCGUAAAUGAGAUAAGCCUUACUUUAGGGCCACGAUGCUUAUGACGUUAGUUGCGCGAAUUAAAUCCAAUAAUUGACCUUUUUUAGAUUUUGCCAUA